AUGACUAUGGCGUUAAAUUAUCGUCCUUGCGAUUCAUCAUAUUGUACAACGUGGUGGUUGCCUUUAAGGUUUUCAAUAUCGAACCAAACAACAACUUCAUCAGAAAAUAAUUAUGCUAAAUCUGACAAUGAAUGUUUUAAUAUUCAACGAAAUAUCAUGAAAAGUGAAUUACAAUUUUAUUGCUGUAUUCCAUUCAACAUAUCUAGAAAAAAAGCAGUAGACUUUUUAUAUCUAUCAUUAAAAUUGUUAUCAUGA